AUGAAAGCAAGCAAAGAUGUUUACGUGACAAAAAGAGACAUAAGGUUGGAAUCAAAUUUAUUAAGAGAUUUCGAAGCUUAUAACCAAGCAGCGAAGGAAAAGGAUAAUUUGUCACUAAGAAAUCAGCAGAAGACACAAGAAAUUGGAUGCCAAUACGAUUGUAGAUGGGAAAAUUUGAAAUGCACCUGCAAGAACCUGGUGGCAUUUAGAAAGAAGGAAGAAGUAAGAAACAUUGAGUUACCAAAACAGGUAUAUGCGUACCACAGGUCGAGGAGUUCCACUGAAAUUGGAGUGAGUAGCGUUAAAGCAUUGCAGAAGAAGAAAGUAAAGAAGAUAUAUUUGCCGGAGACAGACGACAGAGCAGUCGGAAGCUCGGAUUUGUCGUCGUACGUUUUACGGAAACAUCGAAAUCGAAACAAGGAUACCUCUAAUAAAAAUAAAGAAACAACCUCGAAGUGCGUCGGAGGUACCGUAAAAUACAAUAUCAGUUGCGUCAUGAAUGAGAAACUAUCUCCUAUAGUUUUAACUAUAUCUGGCGUCACGAAAUCAAAUAGAAAUGCCGAAAUAGGAAGUAACAGUAUAAUAAAAAGCCUCACAAACACAACAACACAAUUUGAAGAUGUAAAUAAACAAGAAUUAAGAACAGAAGAAAUAGUUCAACCAAUCAUUACAGUACAAGAUGAUCUGGAAGAUCGGAAAACGAACCGACAUAACUCGCAUAAUAAUUAUGAAUGUAUUAAAGAAAAGAUAAAUAACCCAGUAGGGAAGGCUUUUUCUUCUGAUUCAUUAGUGCAACGCGUCCAUAAUCUUGACAAUCUAAAUGAAGGAAAAGUAAGUCAAAACACCGUUGUUAUAGCUCCUACGGAGAAUAAACUAGAAAAAGAAAACAAACACGUUAUUGAUAAAUCAAAGUCCAAAGAUUCAAAACCUGCAGAUGAGAAAUCCAUAACUGAUUUAAAAAGCCCAUCAGCAUUUAAACGAAGAUUUGAAGCUAUCAGACGAAGUUUGGCUAAAAGGGAAGAUUUAAAAAAGAGUGCUACUUUCACGGAAGCAGGCCAAGUUAGUGCAACAAGUCAUAAAGAUGUGUCUAUAAACUCGGAUCCACCAUCUUUAAAAGGUCGAACUGAUUCUAAUGCGAGAACAUACAGCCCCUUUUCACAGAUCUAUAGCGGAGAUAAGACCAUCUACAAUCCUGAGGCCUCCCGCCACAGACGGUCUAUGAGUGGCAGCAACCAUUGGUCAUCCCAACGCAUCGACAACGACAGCGAAUGCCAAGGAGUAAAGGGUAAGUUCCAGUUAUGGGGGAAAAAGUGCGAUGAGGAAGAAGAUUGCAAACGACGCUGCACUCCAAGACCUUCGUAUACAACAACGAGAAAAAGAUUUAACAAAAAAGAAGUCCCUAAAACGUUAAAGAAGUCAGAUACAAUUAAAAAAGAAAGCAGAAAGUUUUUCUUCUUUAAAAGAAAGGAUAAAAGUAGUAGUAAAGUGAACCCUUUCAAACCUAUGGUUAGGAAGGGCGUUACUGCCGGGCGGUGUGAAGUGAGAGAUGGUCUAGUGAUAAAGAUAUGUGGAGGAGCUAAUACUGCAAAAGAGGCAUCAAAACCACCAGAAAGUGUUGAAGACCAUGGAGAAAUUUUUAGAAAUGGUUGGUUGAAGGAAUACCUCUCACAAACAAUUGAACCACGUAACAGCGUCCAAGUGAGGUGGAACAAUAAAAAAUAUGCUCCAAGCAGCAGCACUGUCGUCGAAUUAAUGGACAGUGUCUACAAAGAUUCAGGACUAGUUAUUAGAUCAAAAAGCCAAGUCUCAGUCCAGCCCUCCUACAAACCCCAUACGAAACAACAUGUCAGUUUUGUAAAACAAAGAAUAGAAGCUUGGAUGAUUCCAAGAACAGUCACUGAUAGACCACAAAUGAUACCUCUUAAACAGAAUGCAAAUGAAAACAAAAAUAACAACAUUGAAGUUACUAUAUCAGACCAAAAAUGGUGUAUCGAUAAAUCUAAAGCGUUUUCACAUAAAAUAGAAGUUGUAUUGCAUACGCAGAAUUUUAGCAAACUUAACAACGAAGAGAGUUCGGAGUAUCUUAGAAUUGAUAUACCAAAAGGUUUUUUUGUAGAUUCUAGUAGUGAUGAUACUAAUAAAAAUAUAGUAGUGAAUCAGUCUAGCGAUGAAGAAGUUUACAAAAUUGUUGAGUAUGAGACAGGUAGUGAUUUGAAAAGAGAGAAAACACAACGUAGUUUCUAUACAGGAGAUCAUCAUAAACAGAAUAAUAUAAAGGUGACUGUUAGUGUAAAGGAAGUCAAAGAUGGUGCUUUAAAACAAGAUCCGCGGGUGCAGCGAGAUGUGGUCAUUCAAGGAAGUAAUGUAAAUGUCCCCUUGAAAUGUGAUGUGGUUGGUGUUGGCAUUAUCACGCAACGAGACCUAAGAGAUAUACGAAAACCAAUCUUAAAGAUCCAAGAUGAUUACUCAGAUGAGGAAUCUGACCGUGAUGUUCCAAACGCAAAUAAGAAAUGUGAAUUAGCGAAGAGGUUUCUUCAAGAAUUCUGCCGUGAUUGGACCCAUUUAAGUAACGAUUCAUGGAGAGCCAGUGACCCUCAUAUGAGAUACUGCUCUGCAACUAGCUUCCACAACGAAGGCAUGAAGUCAAGCCCGAAUAUGUUUGAUGAAUUCCAAACGUCAGCUAUUGUAUCCUCGUGCCCUACUUCAGAAUGCAUACAUUGCACUCCACACUUGCAAAACCUGGAACAAGAUAAAAAAUCCAAAAAAUGCAAAUGGUUUAAACGCAAGAAGAAGAAAGAACAGAAGAAUAAGGACGAAAACUUCCAAAGGACUCGCCCAAAAGACUCAAUUGAAGUUUGUAAACGAAGGAGGGUACAUGCAUUGCUGAAAUCAAAGUGGGUGUGUCCUUAUUCGGACCAUGAUCGUCCAUACUCAUUAGUAACCAGCAAUGAGAGCAGAGCAAAUCAGCACCUGCCGACGACGGAAUGCCCGAAACUGAUGAAGUCUUGUUGCAAGACUGUAGAUCCACGACCACGAAGGCGAAAGUGCAAGAAGCACGUGUCGCUGCCAGAUUGUGACACUAUGAACGAUUUGUUAGCACGACACCUCAAUGGGCCCGAAGGCAUACUGGCGUUCAAAGGCGCUGGCGGUUGUGAACUGUGUAAGAGGAAAGUUUGUCCGAAACAUACAACAAUUAACCACGAUGUGUCUGGUGAGAUCCCACGAGCACCCUGCAAAGAAUCGUGUGAGCAGAUGAAGAAACCUCCCUGCGCAAAAGAUUCCUCUUCAACUUCUCCUGACUCACCUAAACCUGCGCCCUCGCCAUGCCCACCGACUCCUUCUCCUUGUCCUCCUCCCCCACGCCCUCCUUCUCCAUGUCCCCCGUGCACUCCACCGCCACCACCUUGUGCCCCACCGCCACCACCUUGUAACCCGCCGCCUCCACCUUGUAACCCGCCGCCUCCACCUUCUGCUCCACCGCCACCACCGUGUACCCCACCACCACCACCUUGUGCUCCACCGCCACCGCCAUGUACCCCACCACCACCACCUUGUGCCCCAUCGCCACAACCUUGUGCUCAACCACCUUGCACUCCAGCGCCACCACCUUGUGCUCAAAUGCCAACACCUUGUUCCCCAUCACCACCACCAUGUUCCCAACAACCAAUAUGUAUAAUUAAACCACCCCCUUGUCUUCCAGCAUGCGCCGGGUCUGCUGAUGCCCCAUCUCCAUGCUUUACCCCUCCUCCAUGUUGUAAAUCAAAAGAACCACCCUCAGCACCAUGUCAGAGAACACCUCCAUCACCACCCCCGUGUAGACAGCCGAUAUCAAGUGAACCUCCGUGUAGGAAUCCUAACUGUCCUCAUACGUCACCUCACAGAAAAAUACCUAGCUGCAGGACUCCACCAAAUAAUCCUAGCAGUUCUCCAUCAAAUAGGAGGUCUCCGGCUAGGCAAGCAAAUGCAAAAUCACCUCGCUCACCUUCGUCAUCAAAUCCUUGUCCACAUAUCCGUAUUGUUACGUGUCCCUCUCCACCUGUGUGCCCUUACUUUUCUCCUCCUUGUCCUAACUUACAACCUUGCCCACAUGUUUCAACGUGUACGCUGCAAUGUCCACCACCACCCUGUCAACAACCACCGUGUCCACCGCCGCCAUGUCCACCACCGCCAUGUCCACCACCGCCAUGUCAACCACCGCCAUGUCAACCACCGCCAUGUCAACCGCCUCCAUGUCAACCACCGCCAUGUCAACCACCACCUUGCCCACCACCGCCAUGCCCACCACCGCCAUGCUAUUAUCCACCUCCAUGUCCACGCAGCCUACCUCCAUGCCGACGUCCUUCUGGGUGCAUCCCCCCACCUUGCCCUGGAAGACCACCGCCGUGUUGGGAUCCAUGUAUGCCACCACCAUGCCCGCCUCCAUCAUGCCCGCCUCCGCCAUGCCCACCACCACCAUGUCCACCACCGCCGUGUAAACCACCACCAUGCCCACGCCCUACGCGAUCUAUGAAUAUCAGUCCUAUUAUUAAGAAACCAUCUAGGAAGAAGCCUAUGUGUAUAGGCUCACUACCAAAUGACUGUCUCCCAUUACCACAAUGUCCAUCAUCUUUAUGUAGAGCUAUGCCAUGUCAGACCUCGCCUCCUAGAUUGCAAAAUCGCUCUUCAGCGAAUCAUUAUGAAAAGUUAUCUGACUCGUGCUCGUACAACUGCAUCCAGUCGUCACCAGAAGCACCGUUCUUCUAUUCCCCUAUACAUCCCUGCCCCAUAGAACCAGAAAAAUGUGAAAAGCCAGUAAUACCAUGUAAGUCGUCACCGUGUAACACACAUCGUCCGGAUUACACGCCUUCCGUUGAAUGCGGUUCGUCAGUACCUCCUGUGUACAGAGGGCCGCGAGCGUGCGAUGAAUGUCAAUCGUCGGAUGUUAACGUCUUUCCUUGGCCAACAAAAAACCAGGUCUCGAAUCAAUCUUCGAUGGCUUCUUUGUAUAACGCGUCCACACAACCGGAUAAAAUCGUGUACGGAAAAUGUAAGAAAGACUGCCCAAUGUUGCCAAAGCUUUCCUGCGAAACUAUUCCCUCUCCAAAGAAGGAAUGCCCGUCAAGCUGCCCGAAUAAGCAGGGCUCUCCACGUCCACCUUGCAUGCCCAAAAUACAGUGCCCACAGCCAAGACCACCUCCCAAACCAAAACCUCCUCCUCCAGCAGAACCAAUAUGCCGACCGUCUAAAUGUAAAAGCAAAUCAAAGUUAUCCGGAUUAUUUCUUAAAAUGAAUCCUAUUAAGAACAAAAAAUCUAUGUGCUCCAAAGAUUGUUUAGCUUGGAAAACUAACUACAAAGGAGAAGACGGCUGUAUAAGCCUCAAUUCCGAAGAAAGAAUUACUAUACGACUGAAGAAAGACUCACCUUGCACACAAGAUGCAACAGAAGGUUAUAAUAUUAAAGUACAAGACGAAGACGGAAUAACGUUGUUUGAAAGGAAGGAUUACCGGCUGCAGCGAGCAGGUUGCAGUAUAAAGAGACCUUCCUUGUUAGACGAUAUGUACAGGGCAUCAGAAGUACGCAGGGUUACCACGAAUGAUUCUGUCAAUCCCAUAAGGAAUAAGGACAAAGAAUGUUUUAAAGAAAUCUUAGAAGUUAAAAGUGAUGCUAGUAUAGCAAACUUAAUAGAAAUUCAAUUUAAAUUGAAAGUUACACAAGGAGACAAUACAACAGAAGUUAAUAUAGGUAAUGAUGAAUUUAAAGAUAAUGAAACUAAAGAAAACAUUCAGGAGACUCUGAACCAGGCCGCGCAAGAAGUUUACAUGGUUAAAAAUGAAAGUGAGGAGGUUGUUGACAAUUGUGAUCAGAAAAAUGAUAUAAACAUUCGCAUUGUUAUAAAGAACUUUAAAUCUAAAACGGGUAACAAGAAAAUUAACUUGAAACAUGACUCCUAUAGCAAAAAUUUUGCUGAGAAGAUAUCUGCCAAAUUCCAUACAGUUUCAACGGGCUACAGUGAUGUUUUGCAUGAUGAUAAAGUAUUUUCAAUACAUAGAGCGACUGUGGACCUAACGUCAUCAGUCGAAAAUACUAAAACGCAGAGUAUUAAAAGCGAGGAAUGCAUAAGCGAAUCAAUGUUAACGGCAGAAGGAAUUUUAGCAGAUUAUUCUGAACCUUCUAUAUGUAGAUGCAUUGCAGCAGACCUGUCUAAUGGAGGGAAAGGCGAAGACAUAGAAUCAAAAUCAUUUGCAAGUCAAAAACUCAAUGGCAGUAAAGAAAAUCAUUUGAUAAAUCAAGAUAAGCUAACCAAUCGCAUGUCUGAAUAUAACAAAGAUUCAAAUACUAAGAAACCAUCCAAAAAUCGUACACAGGAGACUGAUACUGAUAAACCAAUAGAACUUGAAUAUGAACUUGAGACAGACACUGAAAAACGAGCCGAGAUAGCAGAAACAAAGCAAUUAAGUAGUAUAGAAGUAAUCGUCAAACCGUACACGAAAGACGAAAAAAAAGAACUACUGAAACAGAUAUUUGAAAAAGCGAAUGAUAAUAAACCUAAAACUAAGGGCAGAAUGAAGAAAUUAAGAGAAAUGCUGAAGGUUAUACUAACCUCUGACAGCAGUGAAGCAGAUGACCCGAAUCUAACGAGCACAGAAAUACCAAAUAAUGAGAUUUUUGCGUCCUUAAAACCGAAUGACUUCAAAGACAAUGGUAGUAUGAAUACUUUCUAUACAGAAGAAAGCAACAGACUACUUUUAGGAAUCGAUACUAAAGCGAUUCACCCAACAGCUGAGAACAACAGCGAAUGCAGUAACAGCAACAGUGAAGUAUCAGUGUCGUCUGACACAGAAGCUCCUAAAGUGAGUGCUUGUAUGUGUAGUACAGUCGCUGCUAGAUUAAAAAUGGCCUCAAGAUUUGGUGAAGGAGGAUGUUGUUGCACUAAGCAAAUCGACCAAAGAAACGAAGAAAUCACAUGUGAUAUCAAACCUGAUUCAGAUUUUCAUUACCUUAAACAUGAAUUAAACGACGUAGAAAUUCAAAGAUCUACAUACCUUUCAAGCAAGGUCAAUAGCACAAAACUAUCGGUACAUAGAAAGAACAUAAGACCUAGUGAAACAGAUAGUAUAGUGUUGAAAGACGAAUCUGGACUGAUUGGCGAGAAAAGUUGGUCUCAGACGAAUAUCAUUAGGCAAUGUGAGAUGAAAAAAGUUAAAGAAGGAGACAAAAACGUUUUGAUGAGCAAUCAUACAAGCAAAUUUACAGAUAAUAGAAAUAAAGAAAAGAAAGAGUUCAUCGACCCACCGGUAAAGAUUAAUGCGUCAGAUAUUUUGCAAUCUUACGAAGUUAAGAAAGCUGUUUUAGAAAUGUAUACUGAAAAAACAAUCUGCGAUGACGGUGAACAUUUGGUAGCUAAACUACCGAAAUUUGUGUAUGAUAGGAGAAAAUGA